AUGGCAUCAAUUGACUAUUAUCGUAUACUGAACGUCGCUAGAACUGCAUCGUCCAAGGAGAUUAAAGCUGCUUACUUUCAACUCGCCAAGUCUCUUCAUCCAGACGUGACUGGUAACGACAAGGCUAAGGCCGAGCGCUUUAAGCACGUGUGUGAAGCUCAUUCGGUCCUCUCGGACGUUCAAAGACGACGUGAAUACGACGCUUCCCGUCCAUUCGAGAGCUUUCGGUCACAUGAUACAUCAGGAAAGACACAGCAUCCAUACGCUGCCACUGGAGGCGCACCAGACGUUCGGACGUAUCCGUUCUAUGGUAUUGAUGAAGACAUUUGGCUAGCACAUCAUUAUGGACCAGAGGCUGCUCGACGUAAUGGAAUGCCACCGCGGUAUUAUGGCAUGGACGUCGUUGAAGAAAAGCUCGAGCAACAACGUGAAUACAUUCGUCGUCGGCAACGCCACUAUAAACUCAGUCGGACGUCUGGGUAUUUCUUACGACGUGAAGCUCGAUUGAAGAAACAGGAAGAAGCAGAAGCAGAAGCGAGAAAUGAAGAAGACAAGCCUAAAGAUAGCUGUGUCAUCUCUUGA